AUGGAAGGAAUGAAAGGAAACAGGAAUGAAGGAAUGGAUAGACAGGAAGGAGGAUGGAACAGAGCCCAGAAGGAGGAACAUCACAAGGAGACAGAGAUCCAGAAUCAAACAAGACACAGACUGAGCCAACUGAGACAAGAACAGCCCCAGCACAGGACAAGACACGAACGGACAGGAACACAGACACAGAGACACAGGAAGACAAGGAGGAGGAAGGACAGACAAACGAGCCACAAAGAAACGAGACACAGACAAGGAAAACGAGACAGACAGGAGACGCAUGGAAGACACAGGAACGACACAGACAGACAAACAUGGAAGGAAUGGAGGAAGACGAGACAGAAUGAGAAUGAGACACAACCUGAGGAACGGACAAGGACAAAGAAGGAAGAGGACAAACCAGACAACACCCAGGACAGAGACACAGGCACAGGAAUGAGACAGGAACACAAAGAGGACAAGGAGACAGGAAGGAUGGACCCAGUGAGACAAACAGGAACGGACAAGGAAAGGAGACAGGAAGGAGGAAUGACAUGGACAAACAGGACAGACAGCAGGAUGGAGGAAGGACAAAUGGAACAAAGAAAGAUGGAGAUAAAGAGGACAAGGACAGUGGAGGAAGAGAUAAACAGGGACACAAGACAGGAAGACAGGAAGGAGAACAGGAAAUGA